GAGGGAGCAAAGAAAGAAAGCGAUAAUCAAACAGAUUAGAGUCGUGACUUUAAAGUAAUCUUAAUCAGAUCUUUCCAUAAAGGACGAAGCUAAAGUUGAAGAAGAAAGAAAGAAGUCAACGAGAGAGAAGAAAUGAAGCUCUCAGCUCUGCAUCAAAGCUACUUAAACCGUCGCAGCUUCAGAUCUCCGUUAGAUUCCUCCGUCGACACCUCAGGGAAGUCUCUACUCGCCGUCUUCUGGCUCGUCCUCCACUGCCUCUGCUGCUUCAUCAGCUUACUCCUCGGCUUCAGAUUCUCCAGACUCGUCUUCUUCUUCCUCUUCACCACUCCUUCUUCAACGAACCUCUACUCUCCUCCCUUUCGUCCCCCUCUCAAGCACCACCACAACAACAUCGAUCUGAAUCCUCCAUCUAACGCGACGGAGGCGAUGAUCAAGAGCUCGCGAGUGGUGGUAGGGAGACACGGGAUCUUGAUCCGUCCGUGGCCGCAUCCGGAUCCCGUGGAGGUGAUGAAGGCGCAUCGGAUCAUUGAGAGGGUGCAGAGGGAGCAGAAGACGGUUUUUGGUGUGAAGAGGAGUAAGACGGUUAUUGCCGUUACGCCGACUUAUGUGAGGACUUUCCAGGCUUUGCAUUUGAACGGUGUCAUGCAUUCGUUGAUGCUUGUUCCAUACGAUGUCGUUUGGAUCGUUGUGGAAGCUGGUGGUGUUACUAAUGAGACUGGUGCUAUUAUUGCUAAGUCGGGGUUAAAGACGAUUCAUGUCGGGUUUAAUCAGAGGAUGCCUAAUACUUGGGAGGAUCGUGGGAAAGUUGAGGUCUUAAUGAGACUUCAAGCUUUAAGGGUUGUGAAGGAGGAGAAGCUUGAUGGAGUUGUGAUGUUUGCGGAUGAUAGUAACAUGCAUAGUAUGGAGUUCUUUGAUGAGAUUCAGAAUGUGAAUUGGUUUGGUGCUGUUUCCGUUGGAAUAUUAGCUCAUUCGGGGAAUGCGGAAGAGAUGGUUAUGUCGAUGGAUAAGAGAAGAGAGAUGGUUGUUGAUGAGGAGGAGGAAGAGAGAUCUUCUUCGUUGCCAAUACAAGGUCCUGCGUGUAACGGGAGUGAUAAGUUGAUUGGUUGGCAUGUUUUCAAUACGUUGCCUUACGCGGGGAAGAGUGCGGUUUAUAUAGACGAUGUUGCUGCGGUUUUGCCGCAGAAGCUGGAGUGGUGUGGGUUUGUGUUGAACUCGAGGUUGCUUUGGGAUGAAGCUGAGAGUAAGCCGGAGUGGGUUAAGGAGUUUGGUUUGUUGAAUGAGAACGAAGGUGUGGAGAGUCCUUUGUCUUUGUUGAAUGAUGCUUCGAUGGUGGAGCCUCUUGGAAGCUGUGGAAGACAGGUUUUGCUUUGGUGGCUUCGUGUUGAAGCACGCGCUGAUAGCAAGUUCCCUCCAGGAUGGAUAAUUGAUCCUCCGUUAGAAAUCACAGUGGCAGCUAAACGAACUCCAUGGCCAGAUGUUCCUCCUGAGCCACCUACUAAAAAGAAAGAUCAAAUGUCAUUAUCCCAAGGCAACACCGUAGUGACUAUACCGAAACAGCAUCAGCAGCAACAGCAACAGCAACAGCAACGUGCUAGCAAAGUCCGGAAACCGAAACGUAGAAGCAAGAGAAGUAAACACGAAGCUAAACCAACAGAUACGACAACACAAGUUUCUUCUUCCACUAAACAUCAUCAAGAAAGAAACUGAUGAAGAAGAAGAAGAAGAAGAAAGAUCCUCUUUCUACUAUUUUAUUAUCAUUCAUUUGUUUGCCAAAGUUUUUUUUUAGAGAAAUGUCAAGAGAUCAUCUUAUUCUCCUCCAUAUACCGCAAAUAUUAAGAUCAACGAAGAGGAAGCAAGACCCGGGAAAAUUGGAUUAUGAUGAUGGAGCUCCCACGACAAAAUGGGUAUACGGGUUUUUAGGGGAAUGAUGAUCAUUCGGUUAUUUUCAGUUUCUUUUCCUUUUGGGUCUUUAUAAAAACUUGUCUGUAACAAAGGAUUGUUUGUUUCAAUGUUCUUGAGGUGACAAAACUUUGGGUUGUAUAGUUUUUUUUUGUAAGCAUAUUUCUCAAUCCAUUUAUGUUUUCUCCCCAGGGAUCCCACACUAUGGAUGGAUGGACC